AUAUGAUGUACCAUUAAGCAAAAUUAAUCCCAGCUUUGAUAUCCUUGUCACAAAUCAUGAUCAUGAGGCUCUUUCUCUUUGUAGUAUUUUCAAGCCUAUUGCUGCAACAAGUGAGCCUAGUUCUUGGAGACGUUGGUACAGCUGCUUCUUAUGGACCCCCAUACAUACCUACUGCUUGCGAUGGAAAUAGGGCAGGGCAGUUUCCUCCGGGAAACCUAUUCGUGGCUGUGAAUGAUGCGUUGUGGGACAACGGGGCAGCCUGUGGAAGACGGUACAGAAUAAGGUGCAUAAGUGGAAACAAUAGGCCAUGCAAAGGUGGUAGCAUCGAUGUUAAAGUCGUAGAUUCGUGUCCUAAGUCACCAUGUCCCAACACUCUCCUCAUGUCAAAUGAUGCCUUCGCAGCUAUUUCACACUUCCCUCAUGCAAAAAUCAAUGUUGAAUAUACUCAGAUAUGAGGACUUUCCAGUUAUAAACGUACGCCAUACCCUAUUUAUAUCACUCAUAAACAACAUCAUCAAGGAAUUAGCCGGGGAUUUGUUGAACAAAAUUACAAAGCAGAAUGUGGGAAUGAUGUGUAACCGAGUUUAUGUACUUGAUUGAAUAUUCAAAAUCGUGACGUUAAUAAAUAACUGUCGAUGACGAUGUUCAGUAUAUUAAGAUUUUGCUUCUUUAAGCCAAAGUAUUGAUGUAAUAAAACGCUUUUACAUGUACUGUUUCAAUGACAAAUUCUAGUAACAAACAAAUUGAAAUAGCA